GGCGACUGGGAGUCUUCGGCUGCGCGCGCUGCACAGCUUUUCCGUUUGAAGGACACCGUGGCAUCGCUCUAUGCCUGGGGUUUACUGCCAAGGUCGACCUUGAAAGAUAUCGUGGAAGCGCUCAAGAAGGAAGUCGAGGAGCCCUCAAAGAUGGUGAUCUUGGAUCCCAUCGCCGGAACAGGACUACACAGUGUGCUGCUUCGGCAGGCGGGCUUGAAGGUCUGGUGCGCAGACUCGGUUGAUGGGGGCUCCACACAGACCAGCGGAGCGGACCGACCUUUGGGACACAAACUACUUGAACCAGUGCAUGAGCACAGGUUCUGCUGCUCGAGCAGCCGCAGCUGCCGGCGCGGCCGCGGCCAAUGCCGCAGUGAGCGCUGCUGGAAAAUCUGUGGUUUGGACGGAACUGGAGAACCUAGACGUAUUCGACUCGGGUGA